AUGAGUGACUUCCUUGAUCGUGCAGAUCACUUCAUCAAGCUUGAAGAGGCCAUUGAGCGAGCAGAAGUUGAGCUUAAGUCUGGCCAUCUGAAAGCUCCCUCUGUCAUUAGCUCCGUACAAGAAACCCGCUCCCAUGAAAAGGACGUAAGUAAGAGAGACAUGACAAAGUUUUGUCGUUUUCAUGGAGAUUAUGGCCAUGACACCAACAAAUGCAACAAUUUGAAGCAGGAAAUCGAAUUUUUAAUUAGAAAGAAUAACGCACACGUGCAAAAAUAUGUUAAGACCAAUCAAAAUCAGAGGGUCGCUCAGACAGAUAAUAAUCAAGAUUUACUGCCGCCACCGGUGGAUGGGCAUGUACAAGUAAGAAGUUGUCCUGGAGAUUCAGGCAAAGCCCGGGAGAGGUAUGCCCGAACACUACAGCACGAGCAAGAGGAAGAUGUCUUGGUCAUCGAAGAAAGGAAGCAUAAAAUACCACAGGAAUGGGAGCCCCCCAUAAUGUUUAAUGAUGAAGAUGCUGUCAAGAUUAAUUUCCCAUACAACGAUCUGUUCCAAAUAGCCAACAAAAUGGUGGCCCGAACUAUGAUAGAUAAUGGAGCCUAUGCAAAUAUCUUGUUUUAA